AUGGGCACUAUUUAUAUCCACGAAGAUCGUUUCGAAGCAAUUGUAGAUACAAGAGGCUACGCUCCAAACGAGAUCAAGUGUUUGGUAAAUGAAGGAUACCUGGAAAUAACAGCUACCAGCGGUCAAAAUCAAUUACACAAUGGAUUUCCGACGUCUGUUGAGAAAACUUUGAGCAGAAAAUUCAAGAUGGUAAGGCCAGUUGUACCAGAAAGGAGCGUCUGUUGCCUCUCGAACGAUGGCAUGCUGCUGAUAGCUGCUCCUUGGCGAUAUCCCUAA